AUGAGAAAACGUUCUGGAUUUUUGACAAGCAAUUUGACCAUUGCCCAACACCUCAAUUCGACGUGCGACCGCUCGCACCAACACGAGCUUGUCAUGGGGCGCGAUCGUGGCUCACCAAUGAAUCGAUCUCGACUGGCUCAGAAGUAUCCUCAAGGCCUUGUGAAUGCCAUCUUGCUUGCCUAUGCCACCUCCAUCGGCAUUGCCCACAACUUGCUCUACAUGAUUGAAGGCUUCAAGAUGCUACAGUCUGAUGCCGCUUUUGAGAAUAACUUGGUGAUUGGUGGAUUGGUCCAACAACCUGAGGAGAUCUAUAACCUGACCAACAACCAUGUCACGGAGAUCUACCCCUUGGACGAAGCAAUGGAACCCAAGGAGAACUUCCCAGGCACUCAUCCACUAUCACUAGAAGCCCUUGUGAAGCGUGCACAUGAUGGUCUGGGCCAUCCAGGCAAGGAGAGAUUUCUCCGUAUCCUCGCCAACAGCAAGGCCAGCUCCAAGGUGAUGGAGAUUGCCAAGUCACUGAAGUGCUCGGUGUGUGAAAAGUUUCGACUUCCUCGGCCAUCGAGGGCGGCGGCACCCCCAAAGGAGAUUGGGUUGAACGAAGUGGUGGGGAUUGACACCAUCCAAUUGAGAGCACCUUUCUCCAACAAGACCAAGUACUGCAUCAACAUCGACGUCUUUUACAAGACGAUUGAACAAACGAAAUGUUCCACCUGGGAUGAAUGGUAUCAGACUAUUGACUUGGCAUGCAGCACCAAGAACAGAUUAUCCACUCGCGGUGGCUACUCUCCGGCUCAACGAGUCUUUGGAUACCAACAACGUAUCCCCGGUGGAUUGAUGUCUGAUGGUGAAGGUGAUCUUGCAGUACAAAGCUUGGCAGCCGCAGGUGACACUGAUGUCGCCAGGGCAAUGAUGAUUCGAAAAGCGGCCUCUCAGGCCUUUCAUGAAGUUGACUGCCAACAAGCAGUCCGGGCGGCAGCUACUCAUGGUCCUCGACCUCAUUUUGCCUAUGAGACUGGUCAAGCUGUGUACUUUUGGCGAAGAGGCACCGAUGCAGCCAGAAAGCCAGCCAUUUACUUCUGGCAUGGUCCUGCUAGAGUAGUUGCAACACAGCUGCCAUCUACUGUGUGGCUUUCCUACAACCACCAUUUGGUUAAGGCAUCACCAGAAAAACUUCGCCCAGCGUCUGAGGAGGAGUUCUACUCUAUCUCUGGAUGGCUUGAAGGUAUUUCAAAUGCCAAGAAACAGUUUGAGACUGACAAGGUCAAGGGCAUGAUUGAUCUCUCUCAGGAGAAUGAUGAUCUACCUCCCACAGAACCACAAGACUCUUGGCGUCGGGAAGGCAACUUUUGGAUUCGGGUUCAUGAACUCCCACGGCGAGAACUAUUUCGCCCUGAUCAUGACCUCUCCAAACUACCAGUUCACUUGGAUCAAUUGCUGCCGUGGAGGAAAACAAUCAUGUCAAUUACUGGUGGCGAUCAAGAGAUCCUCGAAGAUGAAUGGACCCAUGGACAGGACUUCCCUAGCCAUGGACAUGAGUGGAUUGGAGAGACAUGGUUUGAAGAAAAGCCACCUCCUGAACCCCGAGAACAACUCAAGCGACCAGCAGAUCCGCUGGUACCUAGGGCCCGAAUCACUCAGAAAGCCAGGAUUGAUCCAGAGCAGAUGAUUCCACUAUCACAAGCUCCUAUGGCCAAGCCCGAGCAACCUGCAGUGGUAAUCCCUUCGCCGAGAGUGCCAGAGAUUGAGGCCCCACCGGGACUUCCUGCUCCCGAACCUGAACUACCAGCUCCCCAUGAACCAGAAGCGCCAGAAUCGACAUCAUUGACCCCGAUGGAUGCUUCUGAUGAAGGAUCUGCUCCUGAUGAUCGCAAACGGGUUUUUGAUGAAGUUCUUCAACCAGAAGGUGCUUGGGAGGAGCUGCCAGCCUCCAAGCGCACCAGACUUGAGUUGCUGGAGAUGUAUUUCACAACUAUCUCCAACAAAUCGGCCACUAGACAAAGAAAGGGAAAAGAAGCGACAGCCAAAGACUUCCAAGGCCGAGACCGAGAACGACUCAUGCGAGCCAUUCAGAAGGAGUUCAACAACAAUCUGGCGACAGGUGCCUAUGAACUCCUUUCCCCACAGGAAUCAGCACGAGUGAGAGCACAAAACCCGGAAAAGAUCAUGGAGUCCCGCUAUGUCCUCACAAAGAAGCCCAUUGAAGAUUUUGCCCUUGAAGAUGCCAUCUCAGCUGAUGAGGUGCUGGAUUCAUCUGAGCCAGACCAACCUGCGAAGGCGAAGUGCCGCCAUGUUAUGCAAGGCUAUUCAGAGGCGGCACUCCUUGACUUGGAGACGAGCACUCCUCAGGUGCAUCGAGACUCUGUCAUUUUUGCUGCUCAAGUCAUGGCCAGUAUGCGUUGGAUUCCUGGUUUUGCAGAUUUUACCCAGGCAUUUCAUUCUGGUGAUCCGAUUGAUCGGGAGCUUUAUGCGGAACAACCAGCAGAAGGACUUCCCAAUGCCGAACGAGGUAAAACUGCUUUGAUUCAGCAGUCAUUUCCUCGACCAUUGAUACGUGACCUUAUCAAUGCGAACCAGAUUGCGAAGGAAGCUUUGGACUUCAAGGAGCUUGGCCUAUUCCUCUGGAUCGACUACAUGCUGGAGUUGUUACUGACGCAUCGUGGGGGAAUUCCAAGGAAUUUGGAUCAUAUCUUGAAACCAGCGCUACGAACGACUGGUGGGAGGAAACAGACCAAUCUUGGAUCCGUCACCAUGUGGACACACGAACGACAAGUUUUCAUCCAGCGGCAUGCGCUGAUGGACCAGAUCUUCACCAGCUUCUACCAGAUCGCCAUACGGAAAUCAGAAAUGCCCAGAGAAGCUGAGGGCAACAUUCUUGAUGCCAAGGACAUUCAUGCCGGUUACGACCAGCUGAACAAGCUCUUCAGCCAGGGUGGUGAGAUGGUUAUCUUCUAUGACAAGGACCUGCCGAAGUCCCAGACUCUCCAGAAUGUCUCCCUGGCGUCAUGGAAGAGCUACCGUUUAAAGCGACGGACCGUCAACACCCUGAGCUCUGAGACUCAAGCUUUAGUCCGUGGUCUCAGCUCAGUCCAUUGGUAUAGGGUUCUCAUCCUAGAGGCUCGUGGUCUCCAUUUGUCAGCCAGAGAAUGGCAUCGCGAAGUAGCUCAACUUCCAUUUAUUUGUGUCACUGACUCAAAGUCAUUGUAUGACACAAUUUGCAAGUGCACCAAUCCUGCCUCCCAAUGUGAAGACAAGCGUACUUCGAUCGACAUUUCGUUGAUCAAGCAGGAGAUCGCGGAGCUCAAUGGCACGAUCAGAUGGAUCGAUGGUCGGACCAUGUUGGCUGACAGCCUCACCAAAGAAAGUAAAGCAGAUCUCUUACGGCAUGUCAUGAAAACUGGCCAAUGGAGUAUUUUGGAGGAGGGUUCCGCACUUCAGAGGAAACUCCUCGAGAGAACAUCUCGUCAUGAGGUGCUAUUUAUUUUCUAA